CGGGUAUCAAGGGCGCAUGCGCAGAAAAUCAACAUGGCCGCCGCAAACUGACUCGUGACUUGGUUUUUGAGGAGAUUUUCGAGACACAAAGCAGGAUGUGGAGGCUGUGCCAAUAUCCCCGACCGCAGCGGUACAUCAGGGUUGCAGUGUCGGUUCAAAACAAGAUGAGGUGCCAAAGCCCCAGAUAAAUGACGCUUUCAAGUACAUGACUGACACAAAGCAGGAUGUGGAGGCUGUGCCAAUAUCCCCGACCGCAGCGGUACACCAGGGUUGCAGUGUCGGUUCCAAACAAGAUGAGGUGUCAAAGCCCCAGAUAAAUGACGCUUUCAAGCACAUCACUGUACCACAACAAGACGUCUACGAACAGUUUGCUGAGAAUUUACUAGCAUCAGUUUUCCCACAAGGCCUGGCUGCAGCCUCCAAGCACGUUCAUGACAGAGACUCAAGCACAGCUACAGGAGAAGUAGUGAAGCUUACAGAAGAUCAGCACAGGCUACUUAAAACUUUGUUCAAAACAAAUAUAGCAAUAAGAAGAGAACUACAGAAAGAUGAGUGUGAAAAGGUUUCUAGGAAACAUGAAGCUCUUCAGAACCUCACCUGGAAAAAAAAUUAAGAACACUGUCCAUAAUUGGAUAAUGGCUGAGAAACGGAAAACAUAAAGAUAUUAACAUUCAGAAUGUAAGGCUCAUUUACUGAAAUGGAUCAUCAUUAUGUGACUGAAUUACUGUAAAGGAUAAGCACUAUUAGACUAAUUGUUAAUCAUUAUGUGAUUGAAUUGUUGUAAAGAAUGAACACUGUAAGGCUAAUUAUCCCCCGCCAUAGGCGAAGGGAUAUUGUUUUGGCGUUGUCCGUCCGUCUGUCUGUCUGGCACUUUUGUGUCCGGAGCCAUACUUUGGAACUGCUUCGGCGGAUUUCAUUGAAACUUGGUAUGAGUAUAUAUAUGGAUAAGAGGAUGAUGCACGCCAAAUGGUAUUGUACACCAUCUGUUAAUAACGGAGUUAUGGUUCUUGUAUCUUG